AUGUGUCGGGCGGUCGCCGAAGCGUUUUGCGACGCGACGCAGAGAUGGAAGACGUCGGAAGGGGCGCGGGAGACGGCGCGGGACGACGGGCGAGGUCGAACGCGGGCGGAGACGUGCGCGUUGGCGAAGGAGCUGGUGAUCACGCCGGACACGCGCGUGAUCGAGGUCGGUGCGGGGAUUGGACUGUUGGGGAUCGUGCUCGCGCGAAUCGGAGCGAAGAGAUCGACGAUCACGGACGAUAACGUGCGGUUGUUGAGCGAGAACGUCUCGGCGAGCGGCGGCUCGCGCGCCGAGUGUAAGCGCCUGCGUUGGGCGUCGCCCACGAGCGCGAACGCGAGCGAGUGGGACGCCGUCCAAGCGUUUGUGGAGACGUACGUGCGUGAAAACGACGGCGAGCGUCCGCAUCUCAUCGUCGGCACGGACGUCAUGUAUUCCCAAUCGCGCGCGACCUGCCGAGCGCUCGCGAGCACGAUCGCCGCGCUCGCCGACGAUGACACCGUCGUCAUCAUCGGGUUCGAGGACCGAGGCGAUUGGGGCCAGGUCGCCCAUUUCUUCGAACACGCCGAGACGUGCGGGUUACGCGGCGAGGCGGACCCGUUCGGGGAGGACGAAGACGACUGGUUGCUCAUACGGCUCUCCAAGCGCGGGGACUCGAAAUCGCCCUGA